GAAUCAAAGGCAACACACAAACAAGAUUGACACAACAGAAUCUCAUUCUUAUACCAAAUCUCCAACACAAAAAAAAAACAUAAUGGCAUCUUCUAUGAAAUUUCUCUGCGUUCUUGGCCUUAUUCUCCUUGUUGGAACAGUUGUAGACGGAGCAGGAGAGUGCGGUAGAUCUACUCCGGACAAUGAGGCGAUGAAGUUGGCCCCAUGUGUAGGUGCGGCUCAGGACGCUAACGCCGCCGUGCCGGGCGGUUGCUGUUCUCAGAUUAAAAGAUUCUCUCAGAAUCCUAAGUGUCUCUGCGCCGUUCUUCUCUCCGACACGGCUAAAGCCUCAGGAGUGCAGCCGGAGGUUGCCCUCACUAUCCCCAAACGCUGCAAUUUCGCUAACCGCCCCAUCGGUUACAAGUGCGGAGCAUACACACUUCCAUGAACAUGAAGUGUUGAGGAUGGAGAUUCAUGGGCUUUGGAGUUCACUACUACACCCCAAAAGCCAAUCCUCAUGUACCUUAUAUUAUAUGAAUAAUGAUAAUGUUUUAUAUGUAUCAGUGUGAUUGUAAUUAAUAACUAAAUCAAUAAUAUAUGAGAAAAUUCCACCC